UUUUGUGGAUAUUAUGUCUCAGGUCUCAAUAUUGUUGAAGUAGCACAUGAUAAUCAGCCUGUAGUCAAGAGAUUUGUCACUGAUGAUCUCAACCUUACAAACUCGUACGACACAUGGCAUGGCACUAAGAAUGUAGCGAAGAAGAUGAAGAAAGUAGCAAUUGGGACCAAAAAGGCUCAAGGAAAGACGUGGUUUCCAGAGUUAUCUGACAAACGUAAAAGUACGAAAGUUCACUUGUACUACUGUAUGAAGAACUGUGAGCAGUGAGCAGACAAUCUAAGAAAGAACAUUCUGAAUAUCGUUAAACAUUAUCAGAACGAGCACUCAGAUUGUAACGAAGCGUCCCCCUGUAAGCGUCCAGGGUACAAGCCCACGAAGAUAAAACUAGAGGAUCCUCUUGCAAUCGAGUCAUUCACGUCAGCACUAAAAGACACCCUUAUUUACAAGAAUGCCGAAUCAUAUUGUCGAGUGUCGAGACACAUUCUGUGUGGAGUCUUUCAAUCACCAGCUGCUCACAUACAUCUCGAAACGUGUACACUUUGCGGAAGCUACAUUCAACAUGAGAAUGAACCUUGCUAUUAUGGACUGGAACGAGAAUGUACGUAGAGGGUGUACAAGUGAACGACUGGUUCAGGACAUGAGAAGACCGGAUCGUAGGACUCCCAUAAGAGUGCUGAAGGAAAAAUCGUUCAACUUUGCCGGAGAAUAUGGGAGAAUUACGAGCAGCAGAGAAAAGUUGACCUCAGUGAGUUUGUAGAGGACGUGCAACCUGAGCAAUCAGAUGAGCCAGUAGAUGAAAACGAGGACCUAUUAAACGAUGGUGUACAUGUACU